AGUAAAUGCGCAUGCGCCAAUUGGGAGUUUUGCUCUGGGCUUUCUGCAGCAGAUCUUUUUUUUCUUUGCAGAGAAGCAGCACGGAGGCAGGUGAUACCUAAAACAAAUCUGGAGCCCGUUCGCAAGUUAAACUGGGUUCAGAAACGUAUUGUCAGACUCUAAAUGCGGAUUCAUACACAGCAAUCCGAGUCGGACUGUCCAUUGCGACUGUUUGUUUCGUGCAUUUUAUAAAAGGAUUUUCGUGACCUGAUUUGCAGGGUUUUUAACCAGGCUGGGAUUUGUGAAAUGGGACCUUCUCUCUGGCUGUAGCUGUACGAGGCUGAUGCCGAGAGGAGAAAAAAAAAGAAACACACACGGAUUGCUAUUUUGUUCAGCAUGGAGGAUAACGCUGCAGCCUGUUUUUUGCAAAGAAGAGACGCGUCUGAAUGUUUAAGCAGGUAGAAGCGAACUGGUUUAAAAAAAAAAGAAGAAAAAAAAAAGAUUUGGGGAUCCUUUUUCCAACACGGUUACUAGAUUUUUCAUCUACCAAAUCUCACUUUUGGAUGAAAUGUAACUUUUUUGUUGGAACUAAACAAGUUCUGUAAAAAAAGCAGCGCCUGGUGUCCCGUGUAAAUUCUCAACUCCAAACACCGAAACUGCAUCAGAAGAUUGAUCACCAGCCGUGUUUCAGUAACGGGACUGUUCUUAAAAAAAUAAAAUCGCCCGUUCUCUUUGGAAAUUAAAAACAAAUCCACUGAGGACAACGAGGAGUCUGUAAAGGAAUUACGCAUCUCCUGUCGCCAAAACUGUGGAUUACUCGGCUGUUCGGUUUGCAAAAGAUUGACCGUAGAGGAGCCUUUGGGGAUGCUUCUACCACAAGGAUUAAUCUGUGCUGCUUUCAGAAGAAGUAUUAUGGCUUCAAGACAUUGUAUCUUUGCCAUCACUUUCCUGUCUUGCUUUAUGCAAGUUCCUGUAGAGGCAAGUUCUUGGUGGUCUCUGGCCAUGAACCCUGUUCAAAUACCCGAGGUUUAUAUCAUAGGAGCGCAGCCACUAUGUAGCCAGUUGGCAGGACUUUCCCAAGGGCAGAAGAAGCUAUGUCAGCUGUAUCAGGAUCAUAUGCAAUAUAUUGGAGAGGGAGCAAAGACUGGGAUCAAGGAAUGUCAAUAUCAAUUCCGACACCGACGCUGGAACUGCAGUACUGUGGACAACACCUCCGUCUUCGGAAGAGUUAUGCAGAUAGGUAGUCGUGAAACCGCCUUCACCUACUCAAUCAGUGCCGCAGGAGUAGUGAAUGCAGUGAGUCGUGCCUGCAGAGAGGGGGAGCUCUCUACCUGUGGCUGCAGUAGGGCAGCAAGACCCAAGGACCUGCCUCGUGAUUGGCUGUGGGGUGGCUGUGGCGACAACCUGGACUAUGGCUUCAGAUUCGCUAAGGAAUUUGUUGAUGCCCGAGAACGAGAAAAGAUCUACCAGAAAGGGUCAUACGAGAGCGCCAGGACGUCUAUGAACUUGCAUAACAAUGAAGCAGGGAGGAGGACUGUGUAUGAUCUUGCUCACGUGUCCUGUAAGUGUCAUGGUGUUUCUGGAUCCUGCAGUCUAAAGACAUGUUGGCUGCAGCUGGCAGACUUCCGUAAAGUUGGGGAUGCUUUGAAAGAGAAAUAUGACAGCGCUGCUGCCAUGAAGCUCAACACCAGAGGCAAACUGGUGCAGGUCAACAACAGAUUCAACCCACCGACCAACUACGACCUCGUCUAUGUGGACCAGAGCCCUGAUUACUGUGUGAGGAAUGAGAGUACAGGCUCUUUGGGGACCCAAGGGAGGCUUUGCAACAAGACUUCAGAGGGCAUGGACGGCUGUGAGCUGAUGUGCUGUGGAAGGGGCUAUGAUCAGUUCAAAGCACAAGUGGUUGAGAGAUGCCACUGCAAGUUUCACUGGUGCUGCUACGUGAAGUGCAAGCGAUGCACGAAAAUCGUGGACCAGUUUGUGUGCAAAUAAUAUACACUCCAACAGAGGAACCAGAACUAUAUAAAUUAUAUUUAUAGAGUUAAACAAUUAUCAUACCGUUGCAAAGACUGAAAAAAAACAUUCGUGUCGCAGAUUAAAAAGAAAACUUGUCUGCAGGAAAUGGAAAAUAUCAUGAAAAUAUUUAUUUACGAAGAGACUAAACACGAUUCUCAACCUACAAAUGGAUUUUUUUGUUUUGUUUAAAUACAGUAGGUGCAUAGACCAGUGAAAUAGGUACUUAAGCUUUUUACAUUUUAAAGGGAAAAAAAUGAUGCUUGUAUUGGGAACAUUUGAAAACAACACAUUUUUCAAUAUGGUUUGUAUCUGUUAUCAGAAUACACACAUUCCAGAUUGCAAUAGGCUGUCAUUGUCCUCCUAGCCAUCUAUUUAGCUAGCUGCAAUGCCAUAUAUAAAGGGCUUAAACAAAUUACUACUCAUUUUCCAUUCAGCAGACAUGAUUUUAAGUGGGAAAAUGUCCCUGUAAGGUAUUCUGCAGGGAGCAAUAUGCUUUUUCUUACACUCCUGCAGUUAAAAUACCCACGUUUUUAAUUGCAGCCUUCACCAGAGGACCAAUAAUUCACAUUGCUGUAUUGGGGGAGGUGGGUUGUCGUCAAUCAAUCUUCUCUUCAAUCUUUUCCCCUGUAUACCUUGAAAGAGGGAGGGGUGCACAUUUGGAAAGGAUACUGUCAAAAAAGGGUACUUGUGAGAGGAGUGCUUUGGAGGCAGUGGUGCCACUAUUUGGAAAACAAUGCGGUUUAAUAUCCAUUUCCAUGUCUGACUUAAAUUAGAUUGCAGUGCCAGUCUGGUUGCAUUUAGUAUUCACACUGUCAUUUUUCAUGACCAUUGCAAGGUAAAGCAGUAAAAUAGCAUUGUGUUUUUAGUUAUACAUAAAUAUAUAUAUAUAUUUUCUAUUUUUCCAUAUUAAUACAGGUAUUCACUAAAGUUGUAAGAUCAUACCUGAACGGUUUAGCUAUAUAUGGGCAAGGUGUGUGGUUUUGUUUUUUGGCGUUUAAUAGCCCAGGCACUGUAUAUACUAUUUCUAUACAAUUAGUGAUUUAAAUUGUAUGUGUGUAUUUAUUUACACUUUUGUAAAACAGAUUAUCUUUUUUAAUCUAUCUCUAUCAACAUUGUUUUGGCUUGGUUUACUUUUUUUUGUUUUUUGUUUUUUGUUUUUUGUUUUAAGACAACCAGAUACUUGCAGGUGUCACUGUGCAUGCUUGGAGCACUUUAGUUGAACACAACAACAUGGCUAACAAUGGGUGCUCGUUUUGAUGGAUGGUUUGCUAAUACAGUACUAACUUCCUUGCUUCACAUUUUCUUUUGUUUUAACUUCUCUUUUCAGUUCCUCACUCUAGGUUUUGGUAUAAGGGAAUUCACAUUAGUUUGAACACGUUGCAAAUUGCACAUAUUCCCAGCUCAACACGUCGCACAUCAAUGUAGCAUGUUCACAUUCACUUCAAUACCAAUGUGCCUGGGGAGGAAUGGGUAAAAUACACGGCACUGUCUGUUUAUAUACUGGAUAUCAACCGUUAUGCUCUUGAAAUUUUACAGUUCGUUCAUAGUUAUAAAGCACAGUUUAAUAAACAUCUGUAUAGAUAUUAGGUUGCUUUUAAACAAUUUAAAAUUCAUGUUUUUUUUAUUGUGUUUUUACAACGUUUUCAAUUGGACCAUUGUGCUUCAGUGCUUCAAUAAAUGUAAAGCAAAAAAAAAAAAAAAAAAA